AUGGAAGCACUUGAGACUGUUCUCAAAUUCUUCUCUCUCGAGACCCUUGAUACCAGACUCAAUCCUCCGCAAGAUGAGGGGAGAAAGAAGCAGAUUAUCAAUCGUGCCAACCCAACGUCUCGAUGGUCAACCUUGGAGUUCAAGUUCUAUCUCGUGGUGUUCGCUGUGAUGGUACCGUUGAUGUAUAAGACAGCAAUGGAUGCUUCCAAUGAGACAAACCCAAACUAUCCUCGUUUUGAGCAUCUUCUUUCACAAGGGUGGAUGUUCGGGAGAAAGGUUGACAACUCUGACCAACAAUAUAGCUUCUUUAGAAACAACUAUUGGCUCUUGUGGGGACUUCUUGGUUGCCAUGUCGGACUAAGAAAAGUUGUUUCAAGUAUCACGCCACAUAAGCGGACCACUUUUGACUUUGUGUUCGGUCUAAUUUAUCUCUUUGCUUUACAUGGAACCAAUGUGGUUAAGAUUGCGUUCCACGUCUUCAUUAUGUAUGCAUUGGCAACCAGAAUCCACAACUCGAGGGCGUCAAGGAUCUGUUUAUGGGUUUACGGUGUUCUGUCGCUUUUCAUGAAUGAGAGAAUCCGCAAUUUAACGUUUAGUAUAGCCAUGAUUGACCAAGGGUUUCAUGGAGUCAUUUCCCGUUGGGAUGUUUUCUACAAUUUCACGUUGCUUCGGAUGCUCUCCUUUGGAUUGGACUAUUUGGAACGCAAAGAUAAUCCCAAGUCACAAGUCCUGGUGAUGCCAGAUGACCUUGACGAUCGUGCUAGACUAACAGCUCCCAUUCCAAUUGAAGAGUAUUCGUUCUUCAACUAUUUUUCAUAUUUGGGCUAUGCGCCAUUGUUUAUUGGCGGGCCCAUUAUUACUUUCAACGACUAUAUUUAUCAGUCCAACUAUUUCCAGGCCAACUCCACAAAGAAUGUGAAGCGAACUCUCAUUUAUGGUGCUAGACUUCUUUUCUGCAUUUUGGUGAUGGAGUUCCUUCUCCAUUUCAUGUAUGUGGUUGCAGUAUCCAAGACAAAGGCUUGGGAUGGUGAUACUCCAUUUCAACUCUCGAUGUUGGGCUUGUUCAACCUCAACAUUAUUUGGCUAAAGCUCUUGAUCCCAUGGCGACUCUUCAGAUUCUGGAGUUUGCUGGAUGGAGUUGACCCUCCAGAAAAUAUGAUCCGCUGUAUGGACAAUAAUUAUCUGGCUUUGGCGUUUUGGAGGGGCUGGCAUCGUUCUUACAAUAGAUGGGUGGUGCGCUAUAUAUAUGUUCCAUUAGGUGGCGGUGGUGGCCCAAAUGGAGGUGGAGGAUAUGCAACAAGAAUCGCCAAUUCUCUUUUAGUCUUCAGUUUUGUCGCUGUAUGGCAUGAUAUUGAGUUGAAACUUUUGAUGUGGGGUUGGCUCGUCGUCUUGUUUCUCCUUCCCGAGAUCUUUGCUACUAUGUAUUUCCGCAGGUAUGCUGGCCAGCCAUGGUUCCGCCAUUUGUGUGGAAUAGGCGCUGUUUGCAAUAUCUGGAUGAUGAUGUUGGCUAACUUGUUCGGUUUCUGUUUAGGUAAGGAUGGCACUAUGGCUCUAUUGAACGAGAUGUUUAGAACGGCUCAAGGUUUCAAGUUUUUUAUUCUCGCUUCGGCAACACUCUAUGUUGGAGUACAAGUCAUGUUUGAACUCCGUGAGGCUGAGAAACGAAGGGGAGUUGAUGUGAAGUGUUAG